CCGGGCUCCACAUCCGGGUCGUCCAAAGCUUCCGCUUCGUUCAUUCGCCUCCGAGCCGCUCGGGGAGCCUUGAGAGGCGAGACGUGACGUGACGUGACGUGGGAGGGGGCGCCGCCCGGAGCAGAAUCGGAGCUCCCCGUGCCGUGAGGUGAGCGAGGCGCGCGCUUGGCCGUUGACCUGUCGACGUCGUCGGCUGAGGGAGGGAGGGAGGGAGGGAGGGAGGAGGCCGGCGGGGGACUUCGCAGGGCCCAGGCGGGGGGCGAGAGGGCCCUCCCGCCCAUCGCUGCUCCUCGCCCGGCCGUGUGCUCGGCGCUGUACGAGAAGCCGAAGCGACAGGCCUAGAGCUGGGCUCUCUCUCCCCCCCCCCCUCAGGGGCGCAGCGAGGCGCUUUAUCCUGGCUCACAGGUGACGCCCCCCGCUUUACCCCGCUUGCUCCCCCAGAGGCUCUUAAAGGGCCUCGGGCGGAGAAAGGGCCUUUCUCGUCACCUGAGGCCUUUGGUUGGAGGCUGAAGCGGGGGUGGGAGGUCUCUGCAGCGCAUGCGCCCUGCCACUAGGCUUUAGUCCAGUGGGGGGGACUCUUGAGGCUCUCCAGAUGUUGCUUGGGGAGGGGUUAUUGCUGGUGGGACAGAGAGAGCUGGAGGUAGGCAUGGGUUCUCCACCCGUGAUGUGGUGCCUGUCUCAUUUGCCCUUCUAGUCCAGGUAUCUUUUCAUGCCCAGGAAUGAUAAUAAUUAUUAUUUAUUUACAUGCAUACAUACAUACCCCGUCCACCUGGCUGCAUUUGCCCAACCACUGCCCACUUCUAAUCCAAAUAUGCGUUCAUCUCUGACCUUAUGUUUCCAUGGUGGUUGUGUUCUUGUUGCACCUUGGAUCAGACAGCGACCCACUAGUGGGUCCUGACACCCGGCCCACCACUUGAAUCCCAGGGCUCUAGUCCGUCGUUUUCUGCCGGCAGUGACUGUCCAGUGUCUGUGACCAAAUAGUCUUUUCUCUUUCCGUCUUGCUUUCAGAGGAGGGUAGCUGUCCUAAGCAUAGAAGUGAGUCCCACUUGGUUCCAUGAGUCUUGCACUUCAGUAAGAUUGCAGCCAUACAAAGCCAAACAGCAAGGAAUCUUGGUACCUUGGUACCAUUUGAAAAUUGAUUGCUUUACUAUGUUGGGACAUCUUUUCUGGCUGGCGAGCCAGAUCAUUAUCGCCGCACCUCCCAGUAGGCCAUAUUUGAUGGGUGGAUCAGCCUUCCCACUUGUCAGUCACCGGGUGUCAUUGUGAUGUCAUGGGAUGCAGUGCUUUGAAAUUCCAGUUGUUGGAACUUUGCAGUGCAGCACUGUUUGGAAGCGCUUUUGCUUUCAGACAGUCCCAGCACUCCUGUUUGAGCCUUUGGUUGACUUGCCCCUUAUGUUUUCAAAUGUUCAGCAACAUUUGGUGGUCCACAGGUUUCCCUUCCCCUGAUUGAAACCUUGGUCUUUGAGCAUCUCUGAAAUAAUGAGUGAGUGCUUGUAGUUUUUCAUAUGUUUAUCUGUGAUGAAUGUUUUCUCAGACUAGUGAUGUAAUUGUAUAUCAUGCCUUCCUGAGUAAGUGUGUAUAGAGUUGCUGUGUGAACUUUCAGUCUUCCUGUGCUCCAUUUCCCAGUGUGUAAAUGAAGUAGGUUUGGAGCCUAUAGAACUCUAGUCUGGAGUGCAUGUUGAUAUCCAUUCCUCAUAGUAUUGCAUCUUACUGCUACUGUUUUCUCUUUAUCCUACCUUAUUUUUGUGCUUUCCUUUUUGUUCCUUUGCACAGGUUGCUGAGAAUCAAAGAGGCUUAAGUCAAAAAGAGGAUGAAGCUUUACAGUUUAAGUGUCCUUUACAAAGGAGAUCCCAAAGUGCAUUUACUGAAAGCUGCCUAUGAUGUGUCAUCAUUUAGCUUUUUCCAGAGAUCCAGGUAUGUUUCCAGUGCCUCAGAAUGACUACUGGGGUAUUUCCUCUGAUGCUCUUCUCUGUCCUAUUCAAGGACUUGAAUUUGUACUGUAGUGUCCCCUUUGGCUUUGUUGAAUGGAAUUCAGGAUAGUGAAUUCUAAUGAAGACAUUCUGGUUUGAGAGUUGGCAAAAAAUAUGUGUAUUUUUUGUUAUCUCAACAAAGCUUAUGCUAAGUCUAAGCACCUAUGAUCUUAUUUAGAAGAAUGUUACUUCUCAUUAAGAAUUUUACUAUUUGUUAAAAAGGUUUGAUACUUGUGCCAAUCUGAACAGAUGUGCUUUGCUUUCAAAAUGCCGGCCCUUUCACUUGCAAGUCUAACAUAAACAGCUUUGAGUGUGCUCACCUAACCUGUUCAGAUGUUCCAUUAAUGGAGUUUAUUGAUGUUAAGUGUAGGCCUGGGUGAUGUAUCAAUUGCCCAGGAUCAGUAUGAUGGCUAGAUUGCAAUGGUAUCUUCACCGGACAGUAUAUCGUGGAUGAAAUCACCACCGCUCCUGAGUUCCGUUGGCACCAGUUCGUAGAAGGACUCAUGAGCCGUGGCAAUUCCACCCAUGAUAUCCCUCUGAAACCGCCAUCGCCUCUGGCCCUCAUACCGCAUGAGUCAGAGGCGGUGUGGUCUUGAUCAGCUGAGAAGUGGGCAGUUUAAGGAGGCCCACUUUUCAGCUGAUCAGGCCCCCUACCUCCAGCUUGUGCCAGUGGAGGCGGAGUGGGAGAAAGAGGGAGCUCGGCCGCCUGAGUGAAGUAGGCGGCGGCAUCAAGCAGCCCCACUCCACGAGGCACUGAGUUGGCUAGCACCCCUAAUCCUUGCAGAAUGGUGUUGAGGCUGCCUGAUGCUGCCGCCGGGCCCAGCGCUCAGCAUCAGCAUCAGGAGGCCCCUCUCCCCAAGGCGCUGGGGUGGAUUGCACCCCGCACCUUGCAAAGCUGGGCAAGGAUGCCUGAUGCUGCUGCCAAGCACUGGGAGCAGAGUGAGUCCCUCCACUCCCAGUGCUGGGCGGCAGCAGCAAGCAGCCCUGGCUUGGCCAGGUUUCAGCAUCGCCAUGUAUCACCAGAUCACAAUGUUUGGCUGGUGAUACAUCGCAGUUUUGAAAAGCUGACAUUGCCCAGCCCUAGUUAAGUGUAUGUACCCAGGUAAAUAUCAUGCCAUUAAUCUUACAGUGCUUAGAAUUCGGCUCUUGAAUAUUAGAUCCAUUGCAGUAAAGCUGUAUUUUUAAUCAGAAUUACGUGGAACAUGAAAUGAGAACUGCUGCAGCAACUCAGAAUCCAUCUUGUCUCUGCUCAUGUAUUUCUUUGAGCAAGCUUUUAGUCUUGCUACAACAUGGUUUAGGCAGUAGUUAUACAUAUGGCUCAUAGGCAGAGGCUGGGACCAAAAUAGUUGACAGCAAUGCUUUAGUUGAAUGGAUAUUGUCACUUGCAGUUUUGAUGAAUUGUAGACUUGGAGGCUGCUUUUGAAAGACUAAUGAAACCUUGCACUUUUAGAGUCUGCUUGGAGAAUGACAAUUUUAAAUAGUAGUUUUUUCCUGUGGUUAUUUUCCUAUUAACAGAUGUGUUGCAGUGAGUUUAUUUGCAUUGUAGCUGCUAGUAAAGUUACAUUCCUCUAUGGGAUAUAUAUGGCUCUUAAGUAAUCCAUUUGGUAAUCUUGGGGAGCUUUGCUAACUAAUAUUGAGGCAUGCCUCUUUUGUUUUCAGUGUUCAGGAAUUUAUGACCUUCACAAGUCAGCUGAUAGUAGAGCGUUCAGAACCUGGCACCAGAGCUUCUGUAAAGGAGCAAGGUAAGAGUUUACAGAGGUCUGGGUUGUACUAAGACAGCCUUCCCCAACCUGGUAUUCUCCAGAUAUUUUGGACUACAUCUCCCAUCAUGUUGGGACUUGGUGCCAUUUACAACUCACAGCAUGACUGUGCUGGCUGAGAAUUGUAGUCCAGAACAUCUGAAGGACAUCAGGCUUGGGAAGGCUGCACUAAGAUUUAAGGAUGCACAUUUGCAAACUUUCAAAGAUACAUAGGUUGGAAUUGAGGCAUGCAUCUUUCACGCGAUUACUAUUUCUCUAGCAGAAAGAAAACGGUGUGUUGGCUCUGCUGUUCAGGCGAAUAAAUGUUUUUGCAGUUCUCUUGCUUGAAUUAUUUUUACCCUUGGACUAAGUUGGUUGGGUUUUAAAGCAUAGUUCAAAUUCAUAUCCUUAUAAGCAGAGCUGGCCAUUGCCAUCUAAGUUACAGGAUGACAUGACAUGACUUAAUCCUGCUUGUUUGGUGAGGCAGUAAAAAUGGACAGCAAGAGACACUUCAGGUUUCCAUCUGAAUGAUGUGCAUGCCAAAUACAUCCCAUGGGUGGAGCUACUGUGUACAUGGCCACACCUCUACACAAUCUUCCAUAUGUUCAGGUGACUGCCUGGAGGGCUCUACCAAAAAAGCUAAUUUUUGGUAUAGAGAACCACUACACGUUAUAUUAGUUUGAGUAAUCCUGGACAUACAGUAUUAGUAUUUGCUGUUAAGUAUUGUGAUUCCUGUGAAGCAAAUGGUUGUAGCAGGAACUGAGGGUCAGUCCAUACUGAAUCUCCACCAAGUCAUACACUGAAUGAUGUUUAGCUGAGGAGCUGCAGAAACCUGUCUGACAACCAAGCUGCCUCUCCUUCGUUUCAGGAUUACUCCCAAUGGGAGCACAAACUCUGGCCUCUGAGCUGGCAACAAUUUUCCAUAAUGACAGCUUCAUGUGGUCUGAUUUACUCUGUCCAUCAUAGUCAAUAGAUGGCCGUAUAAUCUUUACUGUGUCUUCCACCUCAAUGUGCUGAGAUUCCUUCUAGCUUAGUCUUUUUGUAUACUAUUCUUGAACUUCUCUUUAUAGAGCUUCCAUGUACUUAAGCACUGCUUUAAAAAAAUAAGAAUGAAAGAAUGUCAAAGUUAAGAACUUAUAACACACAACCCUAAUACAUUUUUCAAGCCAGAGCAAACAGCUAGCCCUCCUGGCUGCAGUGAAAGCUUAAUGGCUAGGUGACAGUAUGUGGUGAAAUCUCAGAAGCUUGGGCAGGUAAAAAGCAAAGGUUGUAGUGAAUACAUUUUAUCAGUCACUUUGUGGGGGUGGUGGGGAGGCAUGGUGCUCCCUAGUUUCAAAUGGUUUUAUCAAACAGGCCCAUUUGAAUGCAUGAUUUAAUAGUUGACACUGCUGAUGAAUUAGAGGAAGACAAAUUAUCAACAUACACCUCAACAAUAAUCACUGGCACUGGAGUAGAAAGGACUUGGAUUAUAUUUAUGCAGUUCAGUGUCUCAGUGAGUUGUGUACAAUAUGGUAUCUUCAAGAAAAAAGAAAAAUCCAAGCAAAUUUUGGCUUGCCACUGUUUACAGCAGUUUAUUCUAAUAAAGAUUUGGAGAAUACUGAGAUAUGUAAAAACAUGGGAUAGCUGAAAUAGUUUAUCAAAAAAUCGUAGGAUAUAAGUUAUCUAGGGACCCCAUACUUGUUCUUUUAGGAUACGUGGAAGAUAUAGUACUCCCACAUGACAGAAAUAUUAUUCCAUUUAUUGAUCGCAGCACCAUUAGCUAUAGAUGGAGAAAGAUUAACAUGUGCACCCUGUCCCCUGAUGAGUAGUGCAUUUGAGUAUGGGACAUAGCUUUGAUGGGCAAAGUAAGACUUUUGUUGUCUCUCCUAUCAGUUCACACAGAGUUUUAAAAAUUUAUUACUGGAACAAUAAGGUACAGGAUGUUUUACGAAGAUGCUUAUUAUUAGGGGCAAUUUGAUCAACUGCUGUUUUGUAUCAUCUUUUCUUUUUCUUACUCUCUUUUUGUCCAACCCUGUUUAAGGAUAUUAACUUUUGUUGCUUGGUAAUCAUCACUGUACUUUGUUUCUAUACGCCUAAAUAUGCAUACAUACAUUUAUUUACAUAUAUGUAUAGAUAAUUUAUCAAUAUCCUAUAAUGAAAUAGUGAAAAAGUCUAUGUCAGUUCCUGUUUCUUAUAUUUUUUGUUCGUUACUUUUUUUUCACGGUUUGAAAAUUUUAUUUAGAAAAUGGAGGCAGGAGAAAUCUUGGAACCUAGAAGGGCAAAUCAUCUCUCCUUGGUCUGCAUUCCUUUGCCUCUAUUUCCCCUGGUUCACGGAAAAUGCAUUUUUGGUACAGCACUAGAUACUCCAGUGUGUGGCAGCUGUGAAGAAGGCAAAUUCCACGUUGGGGAUCAUUGGAAGGGAGUUGAAAAUAAAAUUAUGAAUAAAUACCAUUAUACAAAUCAAUAGUGUGACCGCACUUGGAAUAUUGCAUGUCGUUCUGGAUGCCACACCUCAAAAAACAUAUUGUAGGGUUGGGAACGAUCAUGGGGCUGAAGGAUCAUGAGUUUUUUGUUUAGAAAAAAGCAUGCAGUGUUUAUGAAAUAUUGCAUUGCGUGGAGGAAGCGGACAGAGAAAUGUUUUUCUCCUCUCAUACUAUUAGAACCUGGAGCCACCCAAUGAAGCCAAAUGUUGGAAGGAAAAGACAAGAGGAAGCACAUAAUUAAAGCUAUGAAAGCAUUGGCUACCAAGUUGGAUGACUUUUAAAGGGUUUAGACAAAAUUAUGGAGGAUAAGUCUGUCAAUGGCUGCUACUCAUGAUGGCUGUAUAAUAUGUGGUGGAGACAGAAUGCCUCUGAAUUCCAAUUGCUGGCAUUCAUAAGUGGUUAAAAUGUGGCUGGACUCAUGUCCCUCUUGCGGACUUCCUGUAGGUAUCUGGCCAUUGUGCGAACAGAGCGCUUCACUGGGUAGACCUUUGAUCUGCUCUCAACAAUUUGAAUUAUCCCGUUCUCAAAAUUUGAAUUAUUCCUUUCUCAAGCUUUAUUCACAGUGCUACCGAUGGGGGUUCUACAUUCUCUGUGCUAUGAAGGAUUUUUUCCCCUGUGCUGUGCACUAUUCAGUGCUACCCAAACACAAUUCUUCCUUGUGCUUGGAAGCUGCCUCAGUCCUGCAGUGGGGGAAUUCCAUUCAUUCUUUCAAAGUGAAUCUUGACUAAAGACUUGGGAGUUGAUAAGUUCAACAUGUGCAUGCCUAAAUAAAGUGCAUGCUAAAACAGAGGUGUCCCCAAAUAAACUUGUUAUCUAUCUAGUAUUCAGACACUAAGCAACUUUAUUUGGGACAAAACAUGAGUUGUUCAUCUUUCUCUUCACUUCAGAGUAUCUCUGCCAUGUUUAUGUGCGGAAUGACGGAUUGGCUGGAGUGCUGAUUGCAGACAAUGAGUAUCCAUCCCGGGUCUGUUUCACCUUGUUGGAUAAGGUAAGUACCAGGUUUCAACCAAGAUGACCUAUGAUUCUGCAGUUGAGCUGCAAGAGAGCAUAGAAUAGAAGUUUUGAAGCUGGACUCUGGGCCUUUCCUGUGGUGGCACUUUGGAAUGGCCUACCCCCAUCCCAAAAUAAGGUAUGAGCUAAGGCUCUUAAAGUUUCAGCACAUGCUAAAGCCUUCUUUAUUUACCUUGGGCUUUACGGGUCCUUAAUGUCUUCUAUUAUGAGAGUUAAUUUUAUUUGGACUACUGAUUGGAUUUUAAUGUGAUGGUAUCCUGUAGUUGUAGUGCAAAAUUUUAUACCACAUUUUCUAUGCUGUUGUACGUUACCUGGCAAUGCAUAAUACUCUGCAUAUAAAUAUUGCUUGGCUCCAUUACAGGUAAAACAUUAGUUCAAUUGGGGCAUCACACCAAAGCAUGGUUUUCUCUAACCAUAGUUUAGAACUCCAGCCUAGGAUUUAGGCCAGGCUUAGGCAAACUCGGUCCUCCAGAUGUUUUGGGACUACAGCUGCCAUCAUCCCUGACCACUGGUCCUGUUAGCUAGGGAUGAUGGGAGUUGUACAGUGGUGCCUCGCAAGACGAAAUUAAUCCGUUCCGCGAGUCUCUUCGUCUAGCAGUUUUUUCGUCUUGCGAAGCAACCCUCUUAGCGGAUUAGCGCUAUUAGCGGUUUAGCGGCUAUUAAAGUCUUAGCGGCUUAGCGGCUAAAAGGCUAUUAGCGGCUUAGCGGCUUAGAAAAAAGGGGGGGGCGAAAAAAUCUCAAGACUCGCAAGACAUUUUCGUCUUGCGAAGCAAGCCCAUAGGGAAAUUCGUCCUGCGAAGCGCAUCGAAAAACGGAAAACCCUUUCGUCUAGCGGGUUUUUCGUCUUGCGAGGCAUUCGUCUUGCGGGGCACCACUGUAGUCCCGAAACAUCUGGAGGGCCGAGUUUGCCUAUGCCUGAUUUAGGCAAAAUGACCACCUCCUCACUGCCCUCUCCCUUCCCCAAUUCAGCUGAAAACCUUCAGCCCUUCCCUUCCCAAGGUUUGAGCUUCAAAUAUACAACAGAAAAAUCUGUUUAGAUAUUCUUGUCUUCCUUUUUCCAUUUAGGCUUCAUAAGUUAACUCCAAUCUCCAUGGUGCAGCAGCUUUUGGAAGCAGAGGGAUUGCCAUAUAUCUAUGGUUUGUUUAUUGGAAAAUAUACCUAGCCAAUUACAAACCAUGGUUGGUCAGACCAGACAUAAAACUGUAUCUUAGCUUCUUUUCGUGGUUGGUGUGAUACCAGAAUAGGGGAUUGGCUCUGGGGCCAUUUGAUGUUCAACUAUUUUGUUUAUUUUGUUUGUUUAAGGUAAAUCAUUUGCUUUCUUCCCAGGCAGUUUGAGCCCGGUGAAUACAAGGAAGGAGACCUGUUUAGUUUCAGAGAUGGGACUACCUUGGAUGCACUCAGCCUGUGCUCCUUGUUAAGGGCAUAAAAUCAGAGACUGGUUUUGAUUAGUUACUGACCAUGAACUUAUUUUGGAUCUUGGAACUACUUUGAGUAUUUAUUAACAUUUCCUAUUGGGGAAGGUGUGUGUUCCGAUAGAGAACACAGAAACUGGAUGUCACUUGUCUGCAAUUGGCAAUUAUGGUAUUGGGGAACUUUGAGAAUCUUGGUCUAGGUUGCUCUCAUGAGUGAGAGGGCAGUUGAAUUCUUAUUGUCAGUUUGUAUUGUAGGUGCUGGAUGAAUUUUCCAGGCAAGUUAAUAGGAUAGACUGGCCCUCUGGAACCCCGGCAACAAUAAACUACACAGCUUUGGAUGGUUACCUUAGUAAAUACCAGGUAUGACUGAAUUGGGCUAGACAAUUAAAGCAAAGAAGCUUUAAUGUUGUCUGGUGCAUGAUUUUAACUUGCCUUUCAAUGUGUAUUUGUUUUAGUACUAUUCUGUUUUUGUUUGGGUGUGGGUGUGUUGGGGGGGGAGCAUGUCUUAAUUGAUCACAUGUAUUGCAUGCUAGCAGCCAUAGUCCUAAUUGCAUGACUUAAUCUAGUUUUUACUAUGUUAUAUGAGAAGAGGCUGCUCUCUGGGAAGAGUACAAAGAACUUUUAAUAUUUCUAGCAAAGGGAAGAAAUACUGUUUUAUCAAAAUCUUCAGUGCCAAAAUGUCAAAGUUUUUUGCUUGGGUCAUAUAUGUAGCUUGGCACAGUUGGAAGAAUCUACUUUCUGAUUAUUCCAUUAAGGAAUUAAUGUCCUAAUGAUGAUCUCCAGUUUCUCAACUAUGACCUUCUAUAAUAAUGUGAUGUGUUCCUCUUUAAGAAUCCUCGUGAUGCAGACGCAAUGACAAAAGUGCAAGCCGAGCUGGAUGAGACCAAAGUCAUUCUGGUAAGGGGCAACCUCUUAUAGAAAUCUUGUGGAAUUGGCACAUGUUGUGUUAAUUGGGACGCGGGUGGCGCUGUGGGUAAAAGCCUCAGCGCCUAGAGCUUGCCGAUCGAAAGGUCGGCGGUUCGAAUCCCCGCGGCAGGGUGAGCUCCCGUUGCUCGGUCCCAGCGCCUGCCAACCUAGCAGUUCGAAAGCACCCCCGGGUGCAAGUAGAUAAAUAGGGACCGCUUACUGGCGGGAAGGUAAACGGCGUUUCCGUGUGCUGUGUUGGCUCGCCAGAUGCGGCUUUGUCACGCUGGCCACGUGACCCGGAAGUGUCUCCGGACAGCGCUGGCCCCCAGCCUCUUGAGUGAGAUGGGCGCACAACCCUAGAGUCUGUCAAGACUGGCCCGUACGGGCAGGGGUACGUUUACCUUUACCUUUGUGUUAAUCCAAGUCUUCUCAACCUGGUGCUUCCCAGCUAUUGUAGGUCUUCAGGUCCCAUCAUCCCCGUCCGCUGGUCCUGCUGGCUGGAGCUGAUGGAAGUUGUAGUCCAAUAUCUUGGUGACUUUCUCAUGACCACUUAGAAAAUGAAGGACAGUACAGAAUUUGCUGUACCUUGGUCCCUCAGAGACUACAACAGCAUUAUUAGGAUAUGUUGUCCCGCAAAGCUGUGAAAGCUAUACAAACAAACCCUUAGUUUUCCCCUUUCUUCUUUGAAGGAUGCUCUCUUCAGCAUUAGUACAGUGUGUGAGUUACUGCACCAGUCUUUUAAUCGGGCACUUGUGAUUCUGUAAGCUGGUUGAGGAGCCAUGAGCUAAGCUGAGAACAGUGAUGCAGUCAGAUGGAACUAGGUCAUGACUACUACUUUAGCUAGGAACACCCUUUGCUGCUGUUUAUGAUGUCAUUAGUAUCUGAGUCAAUCUCUUAUAAUGAGCCUAGUGUUUCUUGUGUGGCAGAACAGAAUUGUCUUGACUGUCCUGUUUUGCAAUCAUGCUUUAGUUGCUACCUCCCCCACAAUUUAGGGAUGUCCUGAUUGUGGUGAUGAGCAAAUGGUUCAGUGUAUGGCUGUUUUGAAUCCUGAUUCCUGUUCCCAUCUCAAGCAAUGUGCCAGAGGCUGGGAGUUAAACUGAGCUUCUAAGAUCUCAACAGAAUAUUAAAGCAGCUAAGAAGGGAACUAUUUAACAUAUAUUAAAUCUUAAAGCAGUGUUGCUUUCUCAGCUGCACUUAGAGAAUUACUUCUCUAGGUUAAAUGCUGAAACUUUGAGAUGUUGUUUAUUUGCAGAUUUGUGUAAAAACUUACCAAGCCUAGAUAAUGAUUAUGGGCAACUUAAGCCUAAAUAUUAAUGUUCAUUAAGUCUUAAGCAUCUGAAAACAGAGUCAUCUGCUUAAGUGUUGGACAAAUUAAAAUAUAAGUAUUGUUCCUGCUACACUUUUUGAAUACAGUUGGUUUCCCCGCUCUUCUGAGAACAUGCUUAAAUAGUUGAAUAGAUAGCCUUUAUUUCUACAGUCAAUUAGAAGAAAAAAAAACUCUUGAAGAGUGAGGCAGAAUUUCGUUUACAUUUUAAAAGUAAGUUGUUAGAAUUAGAGUCUGAAGGUGACAAUGAAAAUACAAAACAAAAAACCACGAACCCAAGAAUAAAACAUACACCACACUAAAACAAUAGCUUGCUAACCCAAUUGCAAUAAAAAAGCAGCAACUGGAGUGAGCUCUAAGGAUGAGGGAGGUUUGCUGAAAGCAAGCAGUGAGGUCAGCAUGUGUGCCUCUCUGAGCAAAGAAUACUGAGGAGCAGGGGCCACCACUGAAAAAGCUCCAUGUCAUCAAGCUCUGCUGAUAGAAAAAGAAGGGGACACAAAGCAGAUUCUUGCCCCAAACAUAAAGAAAGAAGACGGCGCAAAAGCUUUUAUUUAUAUGUGUAAGCAGGCAUGCACCUUUAAGAAUAGUUUGGGUUUAGAAUUUACACACCUCUUGGCAGGGGCCAAGGUGAGAGAGGAAGGCACGAAUAAAUGCUUGUAGCGGUGACAGCAAUGGAGUGUUAGUCUGUGUGAGAGCCAGGUGUGUGCAGAGUCCAAGAACCUUGCCUUAAAAACCAACAAUACUUUAUAAGCACCUUCCAAGCCAGAAAGCAGAUUUUCAUUUUAUUACUAUUUUAUAAUACGAAGGGGUGGGGAGCUCUGUGACCGUGGCUCUGCCAAUUCUUAAACUUGCUCUCUGCUGCAGUUUGAGCAGCUGGGCUUGCAGUAAUUAUUGACCACGCGCAGCCUCCAUCUUUCAGCUUUGUCUUUUCUCACUUAGCACAAUACCAUGGAGUCUUUGUUAGAAAGAGGAGAGAAGCUGGAUGACUUGGUGUCCAAAUCAGAAGUUCUUGGAACUCAGUCAAAAGCCUUCUACAAAACUGUAAGUAUAUUGUGGCCAGAGGCCCAACUAUCUUGUCUCACUGACUUCUCCUCUGUCUUUCCAGCAGAGUGUUCAUGGGUGGUAUGUUCUUAGAGCCAAGUGUUGUGAGACACCUACCAUGUAAUUCCUGGGGGGAAUUGGCAGGGUGUGAAGUAAUUCUCACAUCUCUUGCUAGUCCUGGAUCUGUGAAAAGCUCUUGUGGAUUGUGAUGUUUAGGACUCUAGCAACAGAUUCUCUUGAGUAAAGUAUAAUUCUCCUUGCAGAUCCACACAGCUGGAUCAUUGUAAUAGGCUGCCAUACACUUAGGAAGAGGGAGGUUUGGCUUCCAUUAACAUGCUAGAUAAUUGAUAAUGAUCCAUUCUCUAUUGAUAAUAAUUGGGCUUGCUCUUUUCUCUAUCUUAAAAAAAUAAAAUGUGGCUUCAGAUGUCUCUCCCUUCCACAAUGUGGUGAUCAAAUUCAGAAUUUCCUGCAAUAAUUUCAUUUAUUUCAUAAAAAUAAUGACAACCAUCCAACAGUUCUAUAAGUGGGGGAAAGGGAAAGAGUGGGCAGCAAAUGAGUGUUUUUGUCUGAGAAUCAUGGCUUUCUUGUACAGGUAUUUGCAUUGGAAAUGGAACCUGGUCUAUCAUGAACAGUUAGAUUAUAUUAUCUGCCUAGCUGGAGAUGAAAUGGAAAGAGCCCUUAAAUACAGGAAAUUUAGGUGGGGGGUGGAACUAAGAAGAUUUUUCUUGUUGAAAAAGUUUGCGAAUUGCAAAUGGAAACAUGAAAUAAAAAUCAUCCUGACCUAAAUGACAAUUACUGCAUGCCUCAGACAUCUUGAUAUUGGUUCGGCCCACAUAAGCACUUGUCUUCCUCUGGCUUGUAGCCAGUGCUAGUCCUAUUCAUAACAGACCCAUUGAAAUAAACAGACAUAAGUUACUCAUGUCAAUUGAUUUCAGUGGGUCUCCUUGGAUUAGGACUAACAUUGGAUGCAGCCCUCUGGCCCUAUUCUUAGGUAUCUUUUCCUUGGUACAGGUAUUGUGAGGAGCCUAUCCUGCAGCUCCUUCCCAUGCCAGCCUUUUCCCUUCUGGAACAUCUCUCCUCCCCACUCCAGAGACAGGAGCUAUCCUUAGGGAUUUCAUUUCUAUCUCUCUCCAGAAUUCCUUUCCUGGUUUCAGAGUGUUUGUACUUAGGAAAUCAGGACAGAUUAAUAAACCAGCCACAUCCCUCCCUUAAUAAUCAGACAUAGAUGAGGUUUUGGGAAUCCCCAUGCAUGUGAUUCUGGGAGGCCGCAAUAUGGUGGUGGUGGUCACUUUUUAAGCCCUAAACUGCUUGGGACCCAGGCACGUUAUGGACCACUUCCUACCACAUCGGGAGAAGCCCUCUUGACUGACUGACUCCCACCCACCCUCAAGCGGAUGGAGACUGGGGAGGAUGCUUUCUUGCUUGAGGCCUUCCAGAUGUGCUCUUGCCUUCUUUGGAUUAUAAUUGUUGAGGGUUUUUUAUUAUAUAUGAACCUCUCUGGACAUUUUUUUAAAAAUUGAAGGGUGGAAUAUAAUAAGUAUUCUUGACAGAUAAAAUGCAUAAACUAAGCUGAUACUGACACAAGGAGAUUCUGUACAAGGAGGCUUCUGAGGAUUUGACUUGCUAAAACCUUUUAAGUGGGAAUCUCUCAAUGUGUGUGUGUCCUUUUUUUAAAACCAUCUCUUAAGGCCCGCAAGCAGAAUUCGUGCUGUGAGAUCAUGUGACCCCGUCGGCUGGAACCUGCCACCUGCUCUGGACUUCAUUCGCAUUCAGGGCUCCAGGACACAGCAGUGAAAAGAUGCACUCCUACGACUUCCCAUGGCACUCCUUAUUUCCGGAUAUAGCCACCUCAGCCAGGCUGGAUGCACUGAAAAAGGAUAUGAUGUUGUGGUUCAUGAAUUUAAAACAAUCUUUUUUUUCUCCUCUUGAAAAAAGGCAUCUUGGGCCUCAAGAUGCUUGUACUAUGAGGCUGAGGAUAGACACUGACUUUUUUCCAUUGGUACCAAAUGGGCUCCCUGAUCUAGCAGUCUGGUGGAUAGCCGCCAUGUGGGGCUUUCUGCCCUGCUUCUUUCUGAAACCUGCAAGCAGAUGUGGACUCACUAUGUAUCUGUUGCUGUAUGUUUACGUAACACUAAGAAAACAGUCUGACCACCUGACGGUUGCAAGCCAGGACCAAGACUUGGCUUGUCAGUCUCAACACUGCAUCUAGUGGUGACGAUGAGUUUCUCAGUGUGCUAAAAUGUCCCGCGGUAGUUGUGGAAGCAAGGCAGGACUGCAGCCCGUUCAACAGAGGAGCUCCAAGGGACUGAGCAAAGAAGUUCCCAGGGUGAGCUUGGGCAUGAGAAGCUGCUUGGAAUUAUUUCCUUUUACUCAACCUGGGAGAGUCUUUUGAUCUUGUGACUACAUUUGCCAAGGAGAUAAGCAGCAGCUCAUUUUCGUUCCCAACACUUAACUGCCACUUGUCAAACAAAAAUGUUUAAGGAGGCUUGUUAUGGCAUCACAAACUGGAAAUCUGUCUCAUCUCAGAGCUUAUUUGGAGAGGGCUUAUCCAUGGCACUGGUCAGUUUUCUGGUCAGUGGCUUCUGUUGCUUUUGCAAUGCUUCUCCAUAUAAUGUGGAAAAGCUGUUUUCACAGUCAGCAGCUCCCUUUCACUGGCAGUGUGUUGUGUUAUGGCUGCUGUUAGGCAGUGCCCCUGCCAUGGUGUUAAACCAGCCCUUGUUAAUGGCAUUGUGCCAUUGCCCAGAAGUACCACCUGCUGCUUUGCACAAGGAGCUGUGCCAGAGUUCUGUAGUUUGACCUGUCCUAUAUUGGGUGUAAAGUGUUUUAGCCGCUGAAGUUGUGCGUCUUGGUGUCUUGUAAUGUUCUUGGCUGGACCUACAUCCUCCCCACUGGAGAGUUUGUCCCUGCUGGCUAGUUUUGUUUAAAUACCAGAAAACGUUGAUAAUAAUCUCUUGUCUUUUCUAUCAGUGGUGCCUGAGCUCUUAGGCCCAUUCUGUCUUGGGAGGCAGGGAUGCUAUUCUGCAAUUGGAGUUCCACCCUGAUCUUGCCUUUUCUGUACCUCAACUGUGGUGGGUGUGUCUGCACACAGGUGAGAAGCAGCAUCACUUUAAAAAAAAAAAAAAAGCCUUAGAGAAGGAGCCGUGAGAAUAGCAGCUUUGGUGUCAACAGGACGGAACUGCUACGUUGUGCUGUUGUACAUCAGUGGGAUCCUGGGAGGGUGUAUAUGUCUGGGACAGCGACAAACAGCUAUCUUCUGAUCUAGGUCUUGUGGUAACUGAAGUGACAUCACUACCAUAACGCUUCCCUCUUUUCCGGAGAGGCAUAUGGGCGGUUAUGUUAUGGAGGUCUUCCUUGCUCCCAUUACUGUGCAACAAGCUGUAGCAAAGGGGGCGAAUGCCACGAGGGCAGAGCCGAGGCUUAUCGACAAGGACCGCGAGCAUGAGUGCAAUUCGUGACUUGCAAUCUGUUCACUUUUUUGUGCUUUUGUGACAUAUUUGACUGUGCCGCUUCCUCAUGGGCAACAGCAACUUCAACUUUCAAACCCAUUUUUGCAAUGUAUUUAUUACUCGAUAAGAAAGCCUACACCAAGCCCAGGGCAGGGGUGACAUGGGCCAAGUGAGAGACCCAGGGUUUUACUCCGCUUUUGUUAUCAUAGUUGACCUGUGUUGGCUUGGUGGUGGAUGUUUUGGGACAGUUUAUGUCUGCAUUUACCUGCUCUCUGCAGCCGAGCCCCUCGCACACCUUGGCCAAUCACAAACUUGAAUCGACAUUAUUAUGCAGACUGCAUUGGCAUAACCAGUGCAGCACCCCUCUUGGUGCCAGUGUAUCACCAGCCUUAAUUUCUUUUUUCUUCUUCCUCGGAUCUCUAUCUGAGGCCUGUCUUUUCUGUAAAGCCCAUUUUUUGUUAAUGGUCUUCUGGGCUUGAUCUUAACGAGUUCUCUCCUAACAAGAGGCCGGAUAGUGAGCCACAGUGAUUUCCAUUCCUCCUUGCUUUGGGAGAGAACAACUGUUCCCGUUUGUCAUUUUUUUAAACUGAAAAUUAACUUCAGAAACUGACCCCGAGAAGUAAAACAGCAAGGCUAAUUUGUAAAGUGUUUUGCCCCUUAGGCUCAUGUGCUCACACCUCUCUACCUGUCCUCUUUCUAAUGUGGAAGCUUUUACUAAAGAUUGUAUUUUAAUAAAUAUGGCCUAACUUCUGUAUGUACUGGUUAAUGGAUUAUACCUACAUGGAUAAAGUUAUCACUUGAUGGUUCAAAAAUGGCUUGUCUCAUAUCAUCCAUGCAAGAAUGAAUUGUGGUCCUCAAACUGUUGAAUUGCUCGUGCGGAACCUGUAGCCUUCCUGAUGGUGCUGGACUACAAAUCCCAUCAUCCCAGACAAAUUGGCCCUAUUGCCAAGAGUGGGAGUCCCACAUGGGGUGAGCCACAGGCUCCCAUCCCUGGCUCCGGAAUUAUAUGCAGGAACCAGAUAGAGCAUCAAAGUGAGCUUCCAUGCAGUUAUGAGCGCCAUCACUAUAUGGUAGGGUGUCAAUGCCUGAUAUUACAGAUUUACCUCAUUCUGACCAGAACCUCCUGGGCCUUCCUGUGUGAUUAGCUGAUCAGUUUAGAUUUGCAGGGGGCUGUUCAGCUUUGGGCUAUGUAGACCAAUCCCUUGGAAUACUUGAGAGUUGCAUUUUCUUCAGGAUACCGAUCUAUUUUUCUGUUCCCAGUGCUUGUUAAUGGAGACAGCAGAAGUAUAAGUUGUAGGAGCCUCCUGUCUCUGCCUUACACUUGCACAUUCACGUCAGUUAUUACAGCUGGGCAAAGAAGUCUAAAAGGGCAUUUCAGUUGCAAAACUAGAAAAUAGGGGAGAAAUACAUUGAGCCCAAGUCCCUUGCUCUGAGAUAAGUGCCAUCAUUCUGUUUGCAGGUUUGCACCUGUAAUUUAACAUUGUGUCAUCAGCAAUUCUUGGGACAGAUAUUCCUAUAACUAUAAAAAGAACACCCCAAGGAGAAACACACAAGAGGGCAAUAUAUUGGUCAGUAAAGGUGACAUGGGGUGGGAACGUGCUUCGAAUCAUCUCUGUGGCAUGGUAAGGGCAGUACAUUACAUUAGAGCAGGUGCUUGCCCACAGGAGCUCACCCUCGUUUCUCCCCUUGCUGAAAUGAGACUUGAUAGAAGCAUUCUGUUGUAGCCAAUAUAAUAUAUUGCCAUGUGUGCCUGGUUUGGUGUGGGGUUUCUCCAGUUCAUCUCCAAAGGUGUCCAAGGGGCCCAAAAGUUUGGAGACUGCUACAUUACAUUUUAAAUAGCCAGCUUCUCAGUCUGACUUAGUAAUGGGGAUUGCACUACUAGUGCCUUGGUGCUAAUGGUCCUUGCCCCUCCAUCUCCAGAAUUCAAGUGUUACUUGUACAAUAUGUGUGGUUUCUCUUUGAGAGGCGAGAAAGAAUGUCUGAAGAUUCUCUCUUCUCAUGAAGGUGAAGGCACCCAGUUUUUCUGUGGAGCAGUUUCUUUCCAUUGCUCCCAAGAUUAAUCCCGCUCCUGUGCCUCUCUACCUGGGUCUGUUGUCAAGGUACACAAUGCAGUAACCAAGCAGGUCCGAGUCUGAACUACCUGGAUGGGAGACCUCCUGGGAACAUUAUGUAUGCUGCUUUGACCACAUGGGAGGAAACAUAUUUACGUGCUACUACAAAUGAAUUGGAUGCUCUAAUCUUUAAUGAUUGUAUCAGUCCUGUUCAGUGGGCUUUCUUUGUGCCAAACUCUGUUUCCAGGUGGUGUAAAGACAUUUGGCGGUGGAGUGGGCUUGAAUGAGAAGCUCAGGAACAUGAUAAUGAGACAAAGUUGCACCAGUUGUUUUGUCCCUUUUUGUGGUUUUUUUUUAUUUGCAGUUUCCCGAGACAAAAACAAAGUCGGAAUCAUUUUUACACUUACAAGGCUCAGAAAGAAAAGACAGUGAAAUGGCAAGAAAAAGAAAGGGAGAGUUUUAAGUCAGAAAGAGGAAAAGAUCCACCAGCAUUCAUGGGACAGACUAACAGCUCAGCUUUGCUUUUAGUUCUCAUAGAUAUAGAUAUAUAUAGAUUUUUUUUUCUCUUUAAAGGUCAUGCAAAAGAAAAUACAACCCCCCCUCCCCCAUCCAAAAAUACCCCCAGCAACGCACUUAGUUCCAUAGUAAACAAGGUGAACACCAAAGGGGAGGAGGCCCCGGUACAUUAAUGUUUUAAUAAUGAAACACCUGUUUCAACAUGCGGCUUGUAAUUUUUUUUUUCAUAUACAUGGAUGUAGAGACACUUCUCAUUUGUCUUCCACAGAAACCGUACAAGCAUUCUAGUACGUCCCCAUAUUUGAAUUCUCGCUUUCCUUGCAUGUUUAAUCCAGUACCCACCUCCCUGUUUCCAACCCCUCCCCUGGAAAAGAAAUGCAGAAAUAAAGGUGCUCUGAGAGAAAGGCAAUUC